AUGGCCGACGGAAUUGCUCCAGCCAUUGACAAAGUGGGCGCGCCCGAGCCUACUGCCCCUGAGGCGAAAGCUGGGGCUCCGACCAUGGAUGGCUCUGCAUCCACUGCCGCCGGCCUCCCAAACUCGGCAAACCACGAGGAUAAACCUGGCCAGCCCAGCGAGGCGGAUAAGCCCGAGAUCCCCGACGGCGCUGGGCCCGCAGUAGGCACCCCCAAGCCGGUCGAGGUCAAGUCUGUCCCGGAAACGCCCGUCAACGGGGCGACACCCGCUGGCGGAACCCCCAAGCCCGAGCUGAAGAUACAAGACGAGCCUGCCGCGGCCAAAGAUUCUCCCAAGGAGCCCCUCGUGACCACCGGCAUCACGGAUCCGAAGCCCUCGCCCGCCGCCUCGGUCCCAGAGGCCGACGCCGACGCCGCAUCUGGCGCGGCCGUUACCAACGGCAAUAACCCUGCUGAAACGACCGCGCCCGCCACGCACACCGGUCCCGAGACGGAAACGGUCCCGGCAACUGCCCCGGCGCCAUCUGCGGUCGCUAACACUCGCGCCAUGUCGGGCGACGCGCCGCUCCUGGCCUCGGAGCCUGCCAAACCGUCGGGACCAGUAGCCCCGGCCGCGCCAUUGGAGGCCGCGACGGGAGACAAGCGCAACCUAGACCGGGAGGGCGUGCCCCCGACGGCCGAGAUGGAAAGCCCCCCACCCGCUAAAAAGGCCAAGGUCGACGACGUCUCGGCCGAGACCAACGGGGGCAAAGCCGUCAAUGGAAAACCACCGGCGCGUAAGCCCGGCCGGCCCAGGAAGGACAAGACGGCUGCACCCCAGGUAGGCAGGACAGCCCGCAAGACUCGGAGCCAAGGGCCUGCAGAGGCGUAG